AUGACUGCAGUAAUGAAUCUAUUCGGUUCGAUUGUACCAAAUCUAAAUACAAUCUUUCUAAUUGAUACAAGUGGCUCAAUGUACUCAUGUUUGAAUACUGUUCGUGAGCACCUUUCUGCUUACCUUCGCGUGCAUGCUGUUGACAUACCGAAUCCAUAUCAAACAAUACUGUUUAAUCUAAUUGAAUUUAAUUCGAAUGUACGUCGUUGGGCUGAUCGAUGCGUAUUCUGGUCACACCCAUCCGUUCUCGUUGCCGAGGACUGGCUACGUACCUUAGAACCGAAAACAGGUACUAACACAUUGGGCGGUUUACUAACUGCUUUUGCUGAUUCCUUAUGUCAACAAGUCGUUCUGAUUACUGAUGGUAUACCCGACCAAGAACCGCAAGUAAUUAUCAAUUUUCUUCAGCAUCAACAACAAGAAAAACGGCCAUGUCAUAUAUUCUAUAUCAAUACACCGUCAAAUACCGAACAAGAACAAGAAACAGUUGUCAAGUUUCUACAAGAUUUAGCAGCAUUAACGCGCGGUUCGUUGACUAUCGGCUACUUUUCACGAACAGGUUCAUUAGAAAAUCUUGCACCGAUGGUAAACUAUCAAAUUGAAGAUGCAACAAAUCCUCUAUUAGUCUUGGAUACAUCGUUACCAGCACCCAUCGGUGGUCCUCCUAUGGAUACGGCUGUUUCAUCUGAAGUCGGUACACUUCUGGUUGGACAAGAGUGUUUAGCAAGAAAAGAUUCCGAUGGAUACUACUAUCGAGGAAAGAUUCUGAAUCAAUUGAAUAUUAAUCAGUUCAUGGUGGAAUUUGGACCACGAUCAACUGGUGGAUUUAAUGAAUCUGAUUUUCAACCGACUUUCCUAUUUGAUAUCAUUCAUUAUACAGAUGCUCUAAUGCAUAAAAUUCAAACAGGAGAUUUUGUUCUUGCUCCUGAUGGACAACAAGGCCGAUUCGUACCUGGCGAGGUGCUGGAUGGUUUCGAAAGACGAGCAUCAUGUGAAAACGAUGAAAUUCGUCCGCUAGUCAUUCAUUUUGCCAAUGGAAAAACUAUCACAUUGAAACGAUUACAAGAAGCAAUUUGGAUACCACCCGCUAUAUAUGAACGUAUCAAGCUGGAGCUAACUAUUCCUCCAACUGCCCGACAAUUUCUUCAAACUCAAUCUGUCGCCUAUCCAACAAAAGUUCUACCCGGUUAUCCAAUGCCGGCACCAUUUCCGAUGACCUCAAACGAAUGGCCGUUCUUUGUACCAAAUCAGCCGUUUCAUUCUAUAUCGCCAUGUGUACUCGUCCCUCAUCAAACCGUACCAGCAAGUGUUAAAAGUGAUGAAGUCAACAAUCUAGUUAUGAUUUCCCAACAAAGACCACAAAGUCUAAUGACGAGUGAUGAACUCAAUCGAAAAGUGGAUGAUCAAAUAAAGCAACAUUGGCUUUUACUUGGUGAACGAUCACCUCCUGUGACUUCAACACCACCAUUGCCACCAUCCCAUGCUCACUCACAUCCACAUUACUCUCAUCCUCCUCGUCACCAGCAUCAUUCACAUUCAACAAAUUCAUCACCAGAUCCAUAUUCAACGAGAAAGAAGAAUGUUUGUUUCAAUGAAGCAUCUUCUAUUCGACGAUAUUCGGUUGAUGAUCUAGAUAUGACUCGAGCACCGACUCCAUUGAAAUCAUGUCUGAAAUCAUCAACAGGCAAAACAACACCCGAUGUACAGCGACCCUGCGCAAGUGUCAUUCAUCAUGCCCAUACGCAAACGAUACCAAUAUGUCACGGACCAAGAUCAGACAGUGUUGCAUCGUCACAUAAUGUUUACCGUUCACCAUCAGUUCCUACUUCAAUUGAACAUUGGCAUACGCGACAAUUGAAAUCCGCACCUCCGCCUUCUGCUAUACCCAAUCCUCGAACACAAGAAUGUCACCGACGACAUUUAGGUCAUCUGUACGAAAAAGCUCAACACGAAGUCAAAGAAGAACUUCAACAACAACAAGCUCAACGCGAACAAUACAAACGACAUCAAGCGAAAGAACAAAUCCAAUGUAUUCAAAAUCGUCAGCAACAAGAAACUGAUAAAUCGGAUCGUAUCAUGGAUGCCAAACGACAACAUCGUAAUCAGAUUAUGUAUCAAAAUCAACAAAGAACACAAGCAGCAGAAGAACGAGCCAAUAAUCAAACACAUUUCAGACAAAGCCAAUAUGCACAGCGAGUUCUGGAUCAAGCACAGACACGUCAAGUCGGUGAACAAAAGACCGCUGAGCAAGCACAACGUCGACAGAAGGUCGAAGCUCAGCGAAAUCGCACUCGCCAUGAAAUCACUCUUGCCGAAGAAGCCGAUCAUUUAUACAAAGACGUUGUUGCGCGUAAAUUUCGGGAAGAUGCCGAUUACAAAGCGCAUGUUCGACGUGAUCGAGAAGACAAACGAAACGAUCUUAUUCGUGAUAUCGAACAACGACGCAUCGCUUGGUCAAAUCCAACAAUUUUCUCAUAG